AUGGAUGGGGUUAGAGUAGGGAGAGGGGGACGAGGGCUUCAGCAGGGGCCUGGUGUGCCAGGAUCUUUUCCUGGGGAGAUGAGCAGCAGUGGUGCUGCCAGUGAUGGCACUAGCGCCAGUGCUGCUGGUACCGUUGGUCCUGCAAGUAACAGCAGUGGGAACAGCAGUGGUGUUGGCAUCAGUGGCACUGGUAACACCACAGUCUCCCCCAGCAUCGUCCCUCCUAGCAGUGGUGAUGGUGCUACCUCUGGUCCUACCAGUAACAGCAGUGGGAACAGCAGUGGUGGCAGCAUCAGUGGCACUGGUAACACCACAGUCCCCCUCGGCAUCGUCCCUCCAGGCAGUGGAAAUGGAAGUGAUGCUGGUAACCCCACUGCUGCUGGUAAUCCCACUGGAGCUGGUAACCCCACUGGAGCUGGUAACUUCACUGGGGCUGGCAAUGGCACGGAGGGGGGUGCGGUGCAGCACUUCACGGUGGGGCAGGAGGCGUUUGUGUGGGGGUCUCCUCUGGUCACCUUCUUCCGCCAGCAGGCCACCCGUGCUGCCCUCAACGCCUUCUCCUACGCCAACACCACCGCCGUUGUCGGCACCACCAGCGUGGUGCUCCCCAAUGUGGACACGGUGUAUGGAGGGGCCUUCCUCUACCUGCGAGACCAGCCCAUGGUGUUCCGAACGCCCAACAUGGGCCAAGGCCGCUACUACAGCAUCGGGUUCUUCCAAACCUAUGGCCCGGCUUACAGUGUGAACGGCAGCCGAGCCAACGGACCAGGCCCCAACACGUUCACUCUAGUCGGGCCCAACUGGGCUAGAGAGCUGCCUGGUGACCUUGCACCUACCGUCAUACGGUCCCCUACGAACGACGCGCUCCUGCUGAUGCGAGUGGUCGUGUCAGAAAACGUGUCCAACGACAUUGCUACAGUGCUCGACCUCUACAGUCAAGUCUCGCUACAGUCACUCUCAGAGGCACUAGGCGGGUCUGCAGUUCCGCCCCUCCCCAAUCCGCCCCUCCCCAGCUCCAACCUCUCCGAGGCUCUCCAGCGCAUGACUCUCAUUGGCGAGGGCCUUCAGCGGGACCUGCCCUUAAACAACAGCGCCAACAACCGCGUCGUACGCAUGCUCGCCUCCAUCAACGUCACCCAGCAGUACGGCUUUGACCCCUACAGCGUGACACAGCAGCAGGCAGCAGCACUGGAGGCAGCAAGGCAGACAACCGACACGCUCAUCACGGCAGCGAACAUUGUCAUUCAGAUCAACGAAUCUCUCAUUCAAAGUGACAACUUCUGGGCAUCAUCUCGCUCCCUCCUCGACCAUGACUUUAACACGGAGUUUCUCUACCGAGCCACGCUCACAGCCCCGGGCGGCAUUGGCGGGCUGCCGCCCACAGAAGUGGUCUACUUCCUCACCUUCCUCGCUGCGGUCACCCCAUCUGUGGCAGCCCAACAACCUUCUGCUAAAAAUGCAACCAACACCACUACUCCUCCCACCAUUCCACCUACCUUUUCUCCCAACGCCACAGCCUCUCCCAACGCUACAGCACCUCCCAACGCCACCACUCCUCCCGGCAUUCCUAUGAAUCCCCCCUCCUCACCGAGCAACAUCACAGCAGCACGCAACGUCACAGCUCGUCCCAUUAACCCCAUCGACCCUCCAGACAGUACCACAGUCCGCAGCAGCAGCACAAUGAGCAACAUCCGCGCUGAAAACACCACCACCACAGCUAGCAGCAACACCACAGCUAGCAGCAAUGCUACUGGAACCGAGUCUCUUCCACAGCCUCCCAGUCUCCCUUCCCCAGCUGCAAACAACUCAACCACCAUGCAACCUCAGCCGCCCUCCAUCUUCCCCUCCUCCAUGCCCACCCCACGUUGCCCCUUCACGCGUCUCCAAGGCUCCCGCUGCUUCCGCCUGCGCCUUACCCCUCCCCCGGUCGACUCGUUCUGGUCUGUCACCAUUUACAACGCUUCUAAUCUCAACCUUUUGGAGGGAGUCACUAAGUUCGGUGUGGGCGACCGCACUCCAGGCCUGCUGGUACGUCCAUAUACGUUCGUUCCUCUUUCCCAGUGCUUCCGUCUGCGCCUCACGCCUCCCCCAGUCGACUCCUUCUGGUCUGUCACCAUUUACAACGCGUCCAACCUCAAUCUCCUGGAGGGAGUCACUAAGUUUGGCGUGGGCGACCGCACUCCAGGCCUUUUGGUGAGCCUUUCUUGCUUGCGCCUCACCCCUCCCCCGGUCGACUCCUUCUGGUCUGUCAUCAUCUACAAUGCGUCCAACCUCAAUCUUCUGGAGGAAGUCAGCAAGUUUGGAGUUGGGGACCGUAUGCCAGGACUGCUGUACAACCCAGACGGCACUCUCACCAUCUACAUUCAACCCACUUCACCCGGCCAAUCACUCGAAGCCAACUGGAUCCCUACUGUCAACUCGACCAAUAGUGCAGCAGUGGUGAGAGCGUACGGGCCCGCCCCCCAGAUUCUCAAUGGAACAUAUGAACCAGAGGCGAUCCAGCUCAGCCCCACAUGCGAGGCUUAG